AUGCCAGGAACUUCAGCAGCCAUCGGAUCUUCCGGACCAGCCAAGCAGGAGCACUGGCUAACGGCGAGGCUGAAGCGUGCGGCCUCAGGGGGUAGCUUGGUGGGUCGGAAGCUACUAUGGAGCACGGGAAAGGCGGCGUGGAUUGCGGGGACGACGUUCUUAAUCCUAUGCGUGCCGCUUAUAAUAGAGAUGGACCGCGAGCAGCAGCUGAUGGAUUUAGAAGGUCAACAGGGGCUUCUUGGCGCGCCUCCUGUUGGCGCGCUUGCUCCUCCAGCUGCAGCAGCUAAAUAA